AUGGAUACUGACUUCAUAGAACGGAUAGAGAAGCUGAAACUCACGGUGGAGGAAGGCGAGGAAAUAACAAUCCGAUCAACACAGAGAGAAAAAAUUUUAGAGGAGUGGUCACUCAGUCUUAUUGGCAAGUUUCUGGGUUCUAGAACCUUUAAUCAGAGAGCGGCUAAGAAUUUACUACGAUCAGUAUGGAAGAUGGGGAAUGACUUGAAAAUAGUGGACAUUGGAGAAGGAUUAUACCAGUUCAAAUUUUCCAUUGAGAGCCAAAUGAAAUGGGUCCUUGAUAAUGGCCCAUGGAGUUUUGAGAACCAGCUCUUGGUGUUGAGACGAUGGGAGAAAGGGAUGACGCCGAGAUCAGUGAAGUUCACAACGGUUCCUAUGUGGGUGCAAGUAUGGGGUUUACCCUUCGACCUCAUUAACGAAGAUGCAGGGAGAGAUAUUGGAAGCGGAUUAGGCCGAGUGGUGGAUGUGGACUCAAAAGCUCUCUCGGCAGACCAAGCAAGAUUCCUCAGGAUUCGGGUGGAGGUUCCAUUAAGCAAACCUCUACGUCGAGGCAGUCCGGUGAUAAGUCCGGAGGGGGAUAAAGUACUAGUGGCGUUUAGAUAUGAGAGAUUGGUCGGGUUAUGCUACAGGUGUGGUACGUUGGGCCAUGACGAAAAAUUCUGCAUUGUUUCAUCGGAGUCGGUGGUAGGGGAUAAUCCUUACGGAGAAUGGAUGAAAGCAGGGUACAGAGGCGGCCAGGGGAACAUGGGGAGACGUCCACAUGGAUUUCAACAGCAGAAUGAUAAGAAUGGCAGGGCGGACCGUGGCAGAGGUCCGGCGCAGGGGGCGGCGAACUCCAAUUCAAAUUCUGGAGUAAUGAUCAUUGAUGAGAAUGCCGAAAAAUCAGGGAUUAAUGAUGAGGCAAAUAACAUCCCAUCCGUUUUGGAAGAAACUUCAACGGAAACAGAGUUGAUGAUGGUUGACCCUACAAUAAAGGACUCUGUUUUAGAUGAGGGGAACAGAGUAUCUUUUGAAGCCGCAAAUCAAGGUAUUAAUCUGUAUAAUGUCCCUCUUAAUUACGGCACUAACUCUAUUCCGUUUGGAACAAAAACAAAUGCUAAACAGAAUACAGCUGGGCCACGUGACUCACCACACCCUGAAACUCUGCCCAUGCACGCAAACGGCCCAAUAAACCAAAAAGCCACAAGGAAGAAAGUUUUACGUAAAAGUGAGGCGGCCAAACAGGAGGAAGGGAGUGUUGAUAAAAAAACAGGUCUAAAGAGAGAGCAUAGAGCUUGGGAAGAUGUCUCAGAGCCUGAAAAAACAGAGUGCAAGAAGGCAAGGAUGGAGAUGCAGAUGGACAAAACAGUUAAUCCAACGAUGGAGGCUGGUUGCCAGCCCCGCCGAUCGCAAUGA